AUGCCGGUAUACGUCUAUUUCAUCGAUGACGGCAAGGUCCUCGACCAAUCCUUCAUCGUCACCUUGCCUGAACGUCGACUCACACCUCCGGAGUUGGUUCAAGAAGUCCGCAACCAAUUGGAUUUGUCGCCCCGACUCCGUCUUCUGGCCACUCGCUAUCGGAUGGCCUUGAGUUACUUCGAGAGUCUGAAAAAGCCACCAGAAGGCAUUUCCUCCAAUGAUGAGGUUCAGAUGGCAUUCGGACUCAAGGAAGACGACUUUGUAAGCCGUCGCAAAAAUUGCUUGGCAUUUCGUCUAUUGGCUACUUUUUUGAAAUUUCAAAUUUAAAAUUUUUCUGACACGAAUCAAUCUUGACCAAAAGAUUUUAGAUACCAAAAUUCUUUCAAGGAUUCUCGUGAAAGUAUCCUUUUCAGUGUCCCCCGCUCCCGAUUUUGUCUUCAUCUCAUAUCCCAGCCAAUCCCCCGGUCAAGAAGGAGAUUGCAGAAGACGACGAUGUAAUUGUUGUGGAGGAGAUUAACGAUUUCAAGUCUGCACUUCCGCAACCAGCCUUUGUCGAGAAUUCUCUGUCUCGUCGACCUCAAUUCUCCUCCAAUGCCGUUACUCCGUUGUCCAACCUCAGAGUUCCUCCGGGGAGUCCACUUUUCCAUUGUUUGAACCGUGAGCAUAGUCCAGCAGUAAGUUAUUCUUUCGAUUCAUCGAAUUUCAGACAUUGAAAAAAGCAUUUCAAGUGACUUUGCUUUCUGCGCAACCUUUCGGCGAGUAAUAUUGCGUUUUCAGCUCAACUCUUUGAUCGCAGCUUUUCUUGGUCAACUUCAAGACAAUGCCACUGUUCCUCCUAGCAGUAAUUAUACGGUAGAAUCAAACAAAAAGCUUCCUGCAGCAGGCGGACGUGCCAGGAAGGUAUGCAAAUUUUUAAUUGUGUUUUGAAAUUUUAGGUACCUAAAUUCAUCGGUUUCAUUUUAGAGCCGAAAGAAAACUCGUAGUUUCACCGAAGAAGAAAAGGAGGCUCAGGAUGUUCUGAUGGCCUUUGACUUGGAAUAUGUUAUCAAUGAGUCCCCUCAGAACAUGUUUCUCAAGAACGCGCUCAGGGAUGGUCGUAUCGACGAAGAUUUUUAUAUCAGUCUCUCGAAUGCACUUGCUUGUUUCAUUACCAGCAGAACGUAAGGGUCUAUUCUAAUCUUAUUGUUGUUCACAAGGUCAAGAUGAAGAUGUUUGGCUGUUUUUAGGGACAAAUUGUGGACUCCGCGCACUCUCUCACCGAUUGUUGAGCAAUAUCUGUCGCCAUAUCCUCAAUUAGAUGCUGGACAUCUCUUUGGGCCCCAAUCCUUCCGUCUUCGCAACAAACUCAAUCAUAUCCGAGCCACCAAGAGAAUUCAGCUUGAACGAGAGGCAGCAAGAAGUCUCCAGGAAAUCCCCACCAGCUCUUCGGCCAGUCCCGGAUCGGAUUAG